AUGUCUUAUAGUACGCGAAGAAGUACUGGAUAUAAUACCCAGCAAACACAGAAUGUGGGGAAUGUUGGUCAACGGAGGCCGGUGGUAACAAAUAAUUUUGUUCAAGGACAACAAAAACCACAGCAGCAGCAGCAGCAGGUACAACAAAAUAAGCCAACAACGCCAGCUACUCCAAGACCACAGGCUACAACUCCACAGGCAGGAAUUCAGUUCAGGGCCCAGCAACAGACACCACAACAAGGAAAUCAACAAGCCCCAGUAUCUCAGACAACACAAGCAGCAGUAGCUGCAAGACAGCAGCAACAACAAGCGCAAGUACAACAACAAGCGCAAGUACAACAACAAGCGCAAGUACAACAAGCGCAAGUACAACAACAACAACAGCAACAACAACAACCUCAAAUAAAGCAAGAUACAGAUGUGGAUCAAACUAUGGAUACAACUAAUGGUAUUUCAACAGAUGGAACUGAAGUAAAGAAGAAGCCAUUUUGGGCCAAGUCUGGUUCAAAGGUAACAAAAAGAGAAAGAGUACGUAGGCGCAAUGUUAGAUUAAGCAAAAUAUUACAACCCAAGAAUGCUGUUAUGAUAUUAAAUGAACUAGUGAGAAACACCACUUAUGCAGUUGAUGAAUUAACCCAGAAAUAUGAUGGUAACCAAUUUAAAGCCACUGUGGUGUAUGAAGGAGUAGAACAUGUUGGUUAUGGUCGUAGUAAAAUAAAUGCAAAGAACACAGCUGCCGAAGCUGCAUUAAAACAUUAUGUAAAGACUAAUAAAUUGACGGAGUUGAAGAAAGAUGAUGAAGGAAAUGAAAAAAUGGAUGUAUCUGAAGAUGACGCAGCUCAAGCGCCGUUACCAUGGCAACAUGUUGCUUCAUUUGCUCUGUACAAACUAUUUUGCUCAUGGGGAGAAGAUCUUACAGUCAAUCAAAAUCAGUCUACACCCAGUGGAGAAAAGCUGCACGAAAACAAGCCUGCUAAGAAAAUGCCUGAAAAUCCAGAAACUAUUAAUCCGUUAAUGCUUGUCAAUCAGAUGCUACCACAAGCACAAUUUGAGGAAAUUGGAAAAACUGGAAAUCCUCCAAAUAUUGUUUUUUCAUUCAAAUGCAUUGUUGAUGGAGAAUCAUUUAUUGGAACAGGUUCCAACAAGAAAGCUGCAAAGAAAAUGUCGGCAUUCGGAGCUUGCAGCAAAAUAUUGGGUAUUCAAUACCCACCAGAAGUUUAUGUACCAGUUAAAUAAUUCAUUUAUAUUAAUGAAAUGUAAUUGA